AGAACCUUUCAGCUUGAACAAGAUCUGAAUGCAAUCACUCAGGACUCACUAUCUGUUGGUGAUUAUUUUACUAAAUUAAAUCGCAUCUGGGAAGAGCUUAAGCAUUAUCAACCUUCACCAUGUUGCAAAUGUGGAAAAUGCACAUGUAAACUCCAUGAUGAGUUCCUGAAAAUUCAGGAGAAAAGGAAAAUUUUCAAAUUUCUCAUGAGCCUAAAUGACUCAAAUGAUUUUAUCAGAGGAAAAAUCAUAUCUCAAGAUCCUCUUCCUAGUCUUGACAAAACAUAUCAUCUUGUUUUACAAGAAGAGAAGCAGAAACAAGCUAGAAGUUUUACAUCAUCUUAUUCUGAAGCUUCAGCUCUUUCUGUUGGCUAUAAAAGGAAAAUGUUCUGCAAAAACUGUCAUAUGACAAACCACAAUGUGGAAAACUGCUUUAAGAUUUAUGGCUACCCACCUGGUGCUAACAAGAAAAAUAACUAUGAGCAUGGAGGAAGAGGUGGUAGAGGUGGAAAAUCCGGAAGAGGUAGAGGCAGAUUUGGUGAUGAUAGAUACAUGCAUGAAAGAGUGCAAGAGAGUUCAUCUGCAAUGGUGAUGGGAGAACCAUCUACCGGAAGUUUUAAAGGAAACAUAAAUGUUUCAAAUGGUCAAGUAACCAUCUCAUCUGACCAAUUGCAUUCUCUUCUAGCAAUGGCAGAAAAAUUCAAAAAUGAAAGUUUACCAAAGGCAAUUGCAGCAACACCUACUGAUCCAAUUUCAAAUUGUGCAGGAAAACUCAAAAGCAUUGAUGAAAUCUUUGAGGAAGAUUGGCAAUCAGAAUGAACAAGUGGAGGGAUUAUACCACUUAAGGGAAGAAAAAUGUUUUGAGCAAAAGGUGUUUUCAGUCAACCAAGCUAACGAAGCAAGUGUUUCUAGUCAUAUUUGGCACUAUAGACUAGGACAUUUAUCUCAUGAGAGACUUUGUUUAAUUAAGCUUGGAUCUCCGAUUGUUUCUUGUAAUAAAUUCUCUUAUUGCACUGUUUGUCAAAUGUCCAAACAAAAGAGAUCUCGUUUUCCAUCUAAAUGUACUUCCAAUUGUUCUUCUAGUAAAAAUACUUCUAUUA